AUGCCGAACGUCCUCAUCUUCGCCGGCGCCCCCGAGGCCGACUGGUCAUCCCCGGAUUCCCUCCUCCUCUUCGCUCCGCCCGCACCAUCCCCAAUAAACCUAUCGCCAGCCCCCACAUCGACAACUUCAUCACCAACCUCAACACCAGCAACUCAAAAUGCCACGGCAGCAAACACAACCACAACAGCCCUCCCCUCCUGGCGAUCCCUCCCACUACACCACAAGCCCCUGACAACAGGCUACUCCCAGCCCCACGGCCUCCCCUCAAACUUCCUCCCCCCAUCCCACUUCUUCUCCCUCGCCCGGGACGUCCACACCCAAGAGACAACAACCAACAACAACAACAACAACAACAACAACAAUGACGACACCACCACAACCACAGACUCCCAAGACAACCUCCUCUCCCAGCAAUUCUACAACCACUCCCUAGCCCUCCACCACGACCUCGCAUCCUCCCAACUCCCGCACCCUCCAUCCGCAUCACAACCUCCACCCAAGCAUACAGACACCUCCUUCAACACGACAACAUCUUCUUCCUUCGUAACAGAAACAACAGACUCCUUUGAAGAUACCACCACAGCAGACCUCUCAACCUCAACCACCCCUCCUCCACCCCUCCAAACAUCCCACCACCUCUCCGACCUAGAAGACAUACCCCCCGGCCCCUCCCUCCUCGCUCUCGCACCGCAAACCGUAACCGUAAACCUCAUCGCGGGGAUAAUCUCCGUCUCCACCCCGCGUGCGGUGACAACUCGCUGGGGCAACGAGUUAUCCCUCGUAGAAGUGUUGCUGGGUGAUGAGACGCGCGCCGGGUUCGGGGUUACGUUUUGGUUGCCUUCGAUGCCGCCUCCGCCAGCUGCAGCUGCGAAGAGCACCGGUAAGACGGGGGUAACAGCAGCAGGGGGUCCGACGUCGCCGGCAAACCUCCGAAGACAAGAUGUCGUGUUGCUCCAGAAUGUGGCGCUGCAUGUCUUCAAAGGAAAAGUGUACGGGCAGAGUCUGCGCAAGGGGUUGACGAGGACGACGGUGUUGUAUCGACGGAAGUUGGGGGAGGGGGAUGAGGGUGGGUAUUAUCGUCCCAGAGAUCUUGAGAGAUCUAUCAUCACUGGCGAUGGAGGAGGAGGAGGAGAAGGAGGGGAUGGGGAGCCGACCACGGUGCAUCCACAGCUUGUUAAGACGAGGAAGGUGUGGGAGUGGGUUAUGAGGUUUGUCGGCGGCGGCGGCGGUGAGGAGCAGAGGACGACGGCGAGGGGAAUUGUUAGGAGGGGGUGGGAUGCGUUGCCUGAUGAUACCCAGUGA